AUGGCUCAUCACGGUAGCUAUGACUAUGAGCAUGUCAACCCCACAAGCCCAUACGGCACACCAUUCGACGGUACACCGUCAAUCAGCAGAAGACCGUCAUACGAAUUCCAACCUUCUCCUGCUGCUAGCACUACUCGCCUAGUCGGAGGACGUCCUGACAGCCAGACCGCUGGCGGACUUCAACGUCUACGACCAACAUUGGACAAGAACCACUCUACUUACUACAAUGGCUCGUCAACAAACCUGGCCACCGAGAACGACUACAUGAUCCCUGAAAGAGAGUCUUACGAAGAUGACAAGUCACCUUACAACGUAGACGAGGAGGAUGCUUCAACUGUCACUGGCUCGACCCCUGAGUCUAAGUCCGGAUUUGACAACAGAUUCUCGACCACAAGCUCUUUUGGCAGAGAAUACACUGAUGCCGAUUACGUCGUUCGCGAGAUUGCAAAGCACGAUGAUAUCGCCCUCAUGAAGCCUUGGAAGAGAAAGUUGCACUACAUGGCUCCUCUUUUCACCAUUGCUGCGAUGGGCGGUUACUUCACCUACUACGCUUUCCGUAUCUACUUCACCGUGGAUGCACAAAGGACAAACGGCACAGUGUACGCCAUGGCUUGGUUCUUCAUCGCUGCAGAAUUUUUGGUUGCUCGUAAGUUCAAUUACUCGAAAACCGACUUUUUCCAAUUCUUACAAAAACCAGUUCCCUCGUUCUUCCAUCAAAUGUACUCCAUGCUCGCAUUCAAGGGCCGCAAGCGACCUCAACUCAGACUCGUUGGAGAGGCCGUCCCCACCGUUGAUGCCUUCAUCACUUGCUGCAAGGAAGAUGUUGACGUUGUCAUCGACACUGCCCGCGCUGCCUGCGACGUCGACUACCCUCAGGACCGCUUCCGCGUUGUUGUCCUUGAUGACGGUGCCGACCCCGAGCUGAAGAAGGCGAUGGAAGAUUUGAGCUACCAAUACCCUAACGCAUACUACUUCGCUCGUGUCAAGGUCAAGGGACAGCCUCACCACGCUAAGGCUGGUAACUUGAUUGGUGGUACUGAUUUCGUCACUAAGCUCCCUGGCGGUCCUGGCGAGUACAUUGCUGCCCUCGAUGCUGAUAUGAUUCCUGAGAAGGAGUGGCUUCGUGCUCUUCUUCCCCACUGUAUCCGCGACCCCAAGACUGCUCUCGCCUGCCCUCCCCAGCUCUUCUACAACGUUCCCGACAACGACAUGCUCGUUCAAUCGCUCGAUCCUUUCGUUCACGUCAUGGAGCCCAUCAAGGACUCUCUGGGUGUCGCCUGGUGCACUGGUUCUGGUUACGUUAUUCGUCGUUCUGCUCUCGAAUCCAUUGGUGGCUGGCCUACCGGUACUCUUGCUGAGGACACUUUCACCAGUUCCAAGCUUCUCGGCAGAGGUUUCAGGACUGCCUACGUUCACGAGGGUCUUCAAUUCGGUACUGUUCCUGAUUCCUACACUGGUCACCUGAAGCAACGCACUCGCUGGACUCUGGGUACGCUUCAGUCUGCUUUCCAACAGCGUUUCUGUCUUUACGGAGAUAUCUGCAGAGACAUGACCUUCUACCAACGUCUUUCUGGUUUCGUCUUCACCGUCGACGCUUUCUUCAAGAUUUUCCUUAUCAUCUCUAUCCUCGCCAUCCCCAUCGUUCUGGUCUCUGGCGGUAGAUUGGUCGCCUAUUCGAACAACGACCAGCUCCGCUGGCAGGUUCGUCUUGCAUUCAUCUCCUUCUUCUUGAUGCGCCUCCAGGAAUACGUCAAUUUCUUGCCCUCUGGCUACAGAUUGGCUCUUCGUGAUGGUGGUUCUAUGCUUUGGAUGGCUCCUUACCACGCUAAGACUGUCCUGGUCUCUUUCCUUCUUCCCAGCUGGCUCGGUGGUAAGCCCAUGGCUUUCACCACUUCCGGUUCCAUUAAGGGCGAUAUCAUGGAGCGUGAUGGCGCCCACCGUGCUCACGUUUUCCGCCGCCUGAAGGUCAUUCUCUGGGACUGCUCAGCUUACCAGCACCUUCUGUACAUUCUGUUCGUCAUUGCUGCCGUCACUCUCAGCACCGUUCGCGCUUUCAUGGACAACCACACAACCCAGGACAAGCUCAUCUACCUUUUGACUCACGCUCUGUUCCCUCCUAUGCUCUGGCUGAUUUGCUGCACUGCUUUCGCCAUCCCAAUCCGCUACGCCAUCCACCCUCCUACCAUGCCCGAUCGCGAGGAGCUGCUCGACAGAGACCCGAAGACUGGUGUUGCCCACCCCAAGGAGUACUGGAAGAGCCAGCGCUGGGGCAAGAGCCACUUCUGGCACGAGUUCGAGGUUCUCUUCCUCGUCGCCUACGCCAUUUUCAUUUUCGUCAUCACCUUCAUCAUCAAGGACUCGCAACUCGAGGAGUAA